AUGGCAAGCCACAUUAUGAUACUGAGUUUGCUAGCUAUUACUUGUAGUCUUGCCAUUGGUUUUGAGCCCAGUCCUUUGCAAGAUUUCUGCGUAGCCGAUCCUGCUAGCUCAGCUCGAGUUAAUGGCCUUGCUUGCAUGGACUCAAAACUUGCACAGGCGGGGCAUUUCUCCUUUGCUGGUCUCCAUGUGCCUGGCAACACGUCAAACCCCCUCGGCUCUAGGGUUACCCCAGUCACUGUGGGACAACUGCCUGGACUAAACACCCUUGGCAUCUCCAUCGCUCGCAUUGACUAUGCACCACAGGGUGUCAUUCCACCUCACACACAUCCUCGUGCCAGUGAGAUACUCACAGUCCUAGAAGGCUCUCUGCAGGUUGGCUUUGUGACGUCUAACCCGGACAAUCGGCUCAUCACCAAGGACCUUAGGAAGGGUGAUGUGUUCGUGUUUCCGGUGGGACUUCCUCAUUUCCAGUGGAAUAUGGCUGGGGGAAAAGCAGUUUCACUCUCUGCCUUGAGCAGCCAGAAUCCCGGUGUCAACACUAUUGCCAAUGCUGUUUUUGGAUCCAACCCAGGCAUUGCUGAUGAUGUUCUGGCCAAGGCUUUCCAGGUGGACAAAACUACAAUUGAUCAUCUUCAAGCACAGUUCUAGAUGAGUGGAAGCCAUAUGAAGAAGAAAAUUUCUUUCCCCAUUUGUGUUUUAGCUCUAUAUCUGUUAUAUUG